AUGGGAAUGAGUAGCUUGAAAUUGCUGAAGUAUGUCCUAUUUGUCUUCAAUUUGCUUUUUUGGUUCUGUGGCUGCUGCAUUUUGGGUUUUGGGAUCUACUUUAUGGUCCACAACAACUUCGGAGUACUCUUCCAUAAACUCCCCUUCCUCACACUGGGUAAUGUGCUUAUCAUCGUGGGCUCCAUUAUCAUGGUGGUUGCCUUCCUUGCCUGUAUGGGCUCCAUCAAAGAGAACAAGUGCUUACUUAUGUCGUUCUUUGUUUUACUUUUGAUUAUCCUUCUUGCUGAGGUGACCUUGGCUAUCUUACUCUUCCUGUAUGAACAGAAGGGUUGCUAUAUGAAAGCUGAACUGUGGUUUCACUCCAAUUUCCUAUAUAUUGGAAUUAUCACCAUCUGUGUAUGUGUAAUUCAGGUGUUAGGGAUGUCUUUUGCAUUGACCCUAAACUGCCAGAUUGAUAAAACCAGUCAGGCCUUAGGACUAUGACCUACUACUGCAUUGUGCAGGAGAGACUUGUUUCAUCUCUGAAAAUCGAAAACAACCAUAACAUAAAGUACAAAAUGAUGAUCUUCCGGAUUGGAGUCUUUUUUCCCUCUAUCUCUUCCCACUUUGGUCAUCGUUUAUACAACCAUCAAAGAAGGUGUUGGCCAGUCAUUUGCAUCUCAGGCAGCAAGUCUUUAUUCUCUCACUCAAGAC